AUGUUAGGAAGAGCUGCUGGCAAAUACGAGGCCGAGAAGGCCUCCGAGGCCCCUCAGCCCAAUGCCCUCUCCAAGAAGCCAACUCUAGCAAAGCAGCUCUUCCCUUCCAGCAGCCCCCAUGAUGGCAACAUCGUCGACCAAUUCAAGAAAGCUCGUCCGCCCUCGAGCUCCUUCAACAAGCCCUUCGGCCCCGCCAGCUUCGUGAAGCCCUCCAGACCCAGGGAGCCUCUUCAGCCGCAGUCUGCCAACAUCUCCCCUCCCGUUCCUCGCUCAGGAUACGGUGGCAGCGGCAAGUCUUUCGCGUCUCUCUAUAAUAAGUCCAACUCAUUCACGGAGCAGCCAGAGGUCAUCGACCUGAUCGAUGAUGAGCCCAGCCAGGCGAGCACUAAGACGCUCCAGGGCUCUGUCUAUAUUGCAGAGGAUGACUUCAGCGAUGAUGAUAACCUCGAUCUGGACUUCGAAUGCCCCUCGGCACUCCCUACCCUCCCACCUCCACCCAAGCCUGCAACCGUCAAACGUGAGGAACCACCUCUGCCAAGCAGCACCAACCUGUCCUGGUCUCAGUCAUCACCGUCACACUUCGCCCGGCCACAAGCUAGGACCAAAUCCGAGUCGUCUACCUCCCAGAAGUCUGUGAAGCGACAGUCACCCGAGGAAGAUCUUCCAACGCCACUCCCGGCGGCCAAGAAGCGUGCUUUGCCCAAGCAUUACAAACAACCAGAGUACCCCGAGCUUGACCAGGGUGGCGAUCAGCCUUUUGGACAACCCUACGCAGCAGCCACGCCUGUCCCGAAGAAGACUAAGGACCCUCUUCCGUGGAACACAACCGCAAGCGCUGUCAAGGAGCAAAAGAAACAGUUGAAGAUUCAGAGCAAGAAGCCAGCGGCCACCGCAGAUGCUUCAGUGGAGGAUAUCAAAGAGACUGUUAAAGCCCACACAUCUGCAACAGCUCAGAUAUCUGCCAUUUCCCUAAGCAACGAGCAGACGCACGUCAAGAAUUUGGUGUGUGAGAUGAAGAAGAGCGUGUUCUUCACUGGUCCUGCUGGUACCGGUAAAUCGGUUCUCAUGAGAGCUAUCAUCCAGGAUUUGAAGAAGAAGUGGGCUCGGGACCCGGAGAGACUGGCUGUCACCGCAUCGACAGGGCUGGCAGCUUGCAAUAUUGGCGGUAUGACUCUUCACAGUUUCUCGGGUAUUGGUCUUGGAAAGGAGGAUGUGCAGACUCUGGUCAAGAAGAUCAGGCGCAAUCCGAAAGCCAAGAACCGAUGGCUCCGUGCAAAGACACUCAUCAUCGACGAGAUUUCCAUGGUGGAUGGCGACUUAUUCGAUAAGUUGUCCCAGAUUGGACGCAUAAUACGCAACAAUGGUCGGCCGUGGGGUGGUAUUCAACUCGUCAUCACCGGUGAUUUCUUCCAGCUUCCUCCUGUGCCUGAUGGCGACAAGAAGAGGGAAGUCAAAUUUGCGUUUGAAGCGGCAACUUGGAAUACUUCUAUUGACCACACAAUCGGUUUGACCGAAGUGUUCCGUCAGAAGGAUCCAGUGUUCGCGCAGAUGCUGAACGAGAUGCGGCUGGGACAGAUCAGCCAAGAUACUGUCAAGGCUUUUCAAGGUCUAUCUCGUCCUUUACGCUUCGACGACGAUCUAGAGGUUACCGAAUUAUUUCCCACAAGAAAUGAAGUGGAAAACUCAAACGAGAAGCGUCUGAAGGCUUUGCCAGGGAAGUCGUAUCGCUACGAUGCCCAUGACACCGGCGAUCCUGCUAUAAGAGAGAAGCUACUCCAAAACAUGAUGGCACCCAAGACCCUUGAGCUGAAGAAAGGCGCCCAGGUCAUGCUCAUCAAGAACAUGGACGAGACUCUCGUUAACGGUUCUCUCGGAAAAGUCAUUGGGUUUAUGACAGAGAGCCAUUUCAACAUUACAGGCGGCGGCUUCGAUGCAUUCGGGGCCGACGACGAGGGAAUGGACACUGGAAUGGACCCCAAGGUGAAGAAGAGACUGGCCAUGUUUAGCCGGGAACUGGACAGUAGUGCUGGACCAGACCGGAAGGAAUAUCCCCUGGUGCAAUUUCACGCAGUGGACGGCACCCCCCGAAUCCUUCUCUGUGUCUCUGAGCCGUGGAAGGUUGAACUGCCAACUGGAGAAGUACAGGCUUCUCGUGAACAGCUUCCCCUCAUCCUGGCUUGGGCGCUAUCCAUCCACAAGGCCCAGGGACAGACGUUGGAACGUGUCAAGGUCGAUCUUGGCAAGGUGUUCGAGAAGGGACAGGCGUAUGUGGCGCUCAGUCGAGCCACAACACAAGCUGGUCUCCAGGUUCUGCGCUUUGAGAAGCAUAAGGUCAUGGCACAUCCCAGGGUGGUGCAGUUCUACCAAAAACUAUACAGCGCCGAAUCCGCUAUCGGAAAGAAGAAGCCAGCGCAAACAUCAAUUGCGAACUUUGCCUUCCAAGGCGCAUCCAAGCCUGUUGCCAAGAAGGGCUAUGAGGUUGUUGAUUUGGACGACGAUGAGGAGGCCAUGGCGGCGUACGGUUGA